AUGUAUUGCUUGGUGUGGUCUCCUCUACAGAAGGCCAGUCUGAUGCCGUUCCAGCGGCUGGAUGCCUCGACCCUCUCUGAAGACAUUCUGUCCAAUGCCCAGCCCCUGCCCUGCAUGCCCCACAGUGCUGGCUCUGCCCUGACCAGAGGAGGCCUGGUGGCGUUGAGUCCUCUCUCCCCCCAGGACCUGCUCAACAUGCAGCCCACGACCUCUGACACGGACACCAGAAGCCAACACUCCAGGACCGAGAUGGCCAGUGGCUCUAUGAAGCGGUCCUCGUCCACUGUGGCUGACCAGAGGGUGAAUGGCCUGUGGCAGGAGGAGAAGAAAAGUCCUGAUAGACUGUACAGACCACGCCACAAGAGCUACAAGGCUGCCGUGUCGCGGUCAGAAAGGAAGAGGCAGUUGGACACAGAGAAGGAGCGCGGGAGGUCUAAAGAGCGCCGCCACCUCCUCUCCCCAGACACGUCCCGCUGUACUUCCGAGGAGAGGAGCCUGCAACCCUCACACUCCCCUAGCCGUGAGCGCACACACCCCCUGGACAAACAGGGCAACAGCUCCGACAGCCCCAUCCCCACCUCUGAAUCUAGUACUCCUAGCCGUCGCCCCCUGUCCCAGACCUCAACACGCUCCCAUCCCCACAUCUCUUACUCUCCUCUGGUGUGUCGCACGCACCCUCCCUCAGGGGACGAUGAUGACGACAGGGGCAGCCCAGAGACUCAGAGGCGAGGGGAAGCCUCCAGAAAGGGGGCAGGGGGAGAGGGACAGAGUGGGGCGAGGGGCCGUCGCCACCAGCAGGGCUCUCCCCUGCGUCGCUACCCGUCGGAGCCCUACCUGGCCCUGCAGGAGGACGAGCACAGUCUGGACCCCACCGGGUUCAUGGAGACGCUGACUUUCGAGGCGGCGGUAGCCACCAGCCUGGGACGUGCUAACACGGUCAGCUCCACAUCCAGCUCCAGCUUCAGCUCCGCUCGACGGGGUUCCAGGAGCGGCUGGCAGGUCCCCAACGGACACUUCCGGAAACGCCUGGCUCAGACGGUCUCUGUUGCGGGCUGUGAGCCACUCAGCGACACAGAAGAGGACGACCGCUGCUAGGAGGAGGAAGAAGUGGAGGCGGAGGGGCGGUGAAGAAGGAGCGUAGGGAGUAAAGAGUUAAAGUUGUAUUACAUUAUAAAGGAAAAGGGACAUUUGUCACUCUCUUGCAUUACUACUGCAUACCUGUGUGAUUGUAGUAUGUUUGCUCAAAUGUGAGAGGAGAACAAAAAUAAGAACAUUGUUUUUGACUUUUGCAAGUGGAAUCCCUUUCAAAUCCACACAGAAAAUGUACAAUAAAUAUCUACCCACAAAUAUUUGACUGUGGUUCAUUUAUAUUUUGACUAUCAAAAUAAAGAGCGUAAUAAUAAACCUCAAAUAGCCUUGGAUGGACAGAAAAGAGAUUAAAUGAAUAGAAUUGUAAUUUGUGUCAAUAGGUAUUGUCAUAUCUGAAGGUGUUUCUCUGGCAUUGAUUCAGUGUUGCUCUUAACGGUGUGUGUGGGGUGUGAAUAUGUAACUAUGUGCAAAAUAAGGAGUAACAAUAUCUUUGAAAGCCAUGGUUUUUGUAAAUACAUGUGGGUUUCUUUCCUAUAAAUUUGCCACCAGUACCACUUGAUUGUCUGAGUAGGAUACAUGGCCAUAAAGAAGGGUAACUGUAAAAGUACUUUAUAAAUGAAUGAAAUGUAGUCAUGUCUAUGUAACAAAAUACACCCAAACAAUAAUUGAUCAAGCAAUGUUUUUUCGAAUUUUAGUAGAGCUGAGUUCAUUUUUGACCUUUUGCACCCUCCACCAUUAGAUUUCCUAUCCCUUUACUGUCUACAAAGGGAACACACUUCUUUAAUAAGAAUCUAUUCAUACGUAAACCAUGUAACUCCUGUUGUAAUUUUUUAAAGGAAUAAAACAAUCAUUAAUACAAGCAGAAAAGUGAAUGGCACAUUGUCUUCUGUUGGAAAUCUGUAUGAUUUUCUUUUCUUUUUUUACCAACUUGCAGGACAAUGGACAACAACCAACAAUGUCAUGAAAUGUGAUUGCUUUCAAUAAAAGUAUUCAUUAUUUUUCAGAAAAGGAAUGCCUAAAUAUCUAGUGUGAUUUGAAAGACAUGGCUUUGUUAUGAACAGGACUCUAGAGAACCAAAUGACUAGGACUAUACCCAGAACAUGGCUUCAAUCCAAACCUUUAUUAAGCCAAUAGGAAAACCAGCAGAACCUGUGGCUGUCUUGAACCAACCUUCAUCUUGYCGAUGUACUGUACUGUACCUGUUUUUCUUCAGAUGUUACAAUAUGUUUUUAAACAUUUGACUGAUUCAUUCCUUCUCAUCUUCCGGAAUCAAUAACUGGCCAGAAACAAUCAUGAACUUGAGUAUUUUCUUCAUCAAUGUAGCCAUCCAUGUUCUCCUCUUCUUCAUUAGCCUACCACGUAAUCAGUACGUGUCAGAUACCUCACUGCAACUGUAUAUUUUCUACCUAGAUUGGUUUAUAAAAAUACUGUAUGAGCCAUUACAGACGACACAUGUAGGAAGAUGUUUUCAACACACCUGAUUUGACCUGUUAUUUAGAAUGGUUUACUAAUAAUGUACAGUACAUUUAUACCAUGCUUUCUGCAAGAUUGUAAGAGAACAUAUCCCUUUCAGCUCACAACACACUUGAAGGGUGGAAUAGGAUAUUUCUGGAAUGUUCAUUUAAGGUACRUGUAUAUGUAUUUGUUUUAUUUGCCUGAAAAAGGGUAAUGAUUCUGUGAAACUCAUUUAACCAAAAAACAGAGAAUUGUAUAAUAAGUUCCUUGAAUGCAAAUAGUUGUUUGGUUUAUAUGUGUAAAAUAGUUGUAUAUACAGUAUGAAUAAAAG